AUGAAUGUUUCCACUGCUUUACAAAUGAAUUUUGUAUGCAACUUAAAGAUCAUGACAUCUAAUUUACAGAAAUGGGAAGCACCUGUUUUACAUCAGCUUAAAUUGAAUAUAGAUGCUUCUUGGCUAAAUGCUACUUCAAUAUCUGGUUAUGGUAUGAUUUUGAGAUCUGAUUCAGGUGAAGCUAUCACAACUAGAGCUGGGAAAGUCAAGGCAACCUGUCCUGAAGAAGCAGAAGCACUAACUCUGCUGGAAGCAGCUUCAUGGGCAAAGGAGAUGGACUUUCAAUCCUUUUGGAUUGAAGGAGACUGUCAUAGAAUCAUGGAUUUUGCAAAUAUUAAGCCAUCGUCAAUACAUUGGAGAAACCAAGCAAUAAUCUUUGAAGCAAAGAAACUGUUAGAGUCCUGUGGAAGCAACUUUUUGGGUUUCACUUUCAAGCAUAGAAGUAGUAAUAAAGUAACAGAUGUUCUAGCUAAGAAGGCAAGGAAUGAGGGAUAUCUGAAACAACAAUGA